AUGGAGGCCCUUGAUAUUGACAAUCGAAGCAUUGCACAGGAGUACAUGCUCGCCUUGUCCAUCAUCGCCAUGCUGCUGGACUCGGGGCUUUUGGCGUGGACGCCCAGCCAUGGCAGCUGCGAAGCUGCGGUCCAGAAGUCCAUCAUGAGCAAGCUCAGGAAUCCCUCCGACAUCAACGACUUCAACUUCCAGCUCACGAUCUUGAACAUGCUGCUGGAUAGGAUUGCCCGCUGGCCCCAGAUGUGCAUUGAGCUGGCAAGGAUGGACGUCCUUGCCAGGCAGUUGCCCCCACUGGGAGCUUAUGUGACCUAUGCCAAGCAGGUGGUUGCGGCCAUUCCAGAGGAGCUGAGGUCGCUUCCCAGUCUCACCCGCACCGAGUUGGAGCGGUUCCACCAGAAGCUGCCGACCAUGCCCCGCCAGGAGACCGUGCGAGUCUGGGACCAGAAGCAGCGGGACUUCCGACCAGGCACCCUGGCACCCUACCUGCAAGGCGGCCAAGAGGAGCGAAGAGAGGUGCCACCCGGACCGCCACCAGCGAAGGCCCAGCCCCCGGGCAUGAUGGCGCCCCCGCAGAACCCCCCGCCGCCGCCCCCCACGCGGCAACCCCCGAAGGCUGCGGCGCCGCAGGGGCCAGGCCCGCGGCCACAGACGGUGGAUCAGCUGCUCAGCGAGCCGGAGGUGCCCCUCUCCAUCCCGCCCCAGGCGGUCCAGGACAGCGUGGCGGCCAUCUUCAAUGGCCUUUCCACGGAUAAUCUGCUGGACAAAGUCGAGCAGCUUCAGCGGGUGGUGACACCUGAGCACUACCGCUGGCUAUGCUAUUACACGGUGAGCCGCCGAGCCACACGAGAGGCGAACUUCCAUGGGAACUACAUCGCCCUCUUCAACGCCUGCAAAGAGCGCAAGGUCCUCUUCGGACAGGAAGAUCGCGGAACGCGACUCGCGGAAAUGGCGGCCACCAAGGAGGAAGAUGUCCAGAUGAUGCUGGUGUGCAAGACCCACCUGGGCACCCGCAACGUGGACUACCGCAUGAAGCGCUACAUCUUCCGGCGCACGGUGGAGGGCAUUCACAUCAUCCACCUGGGCAAAACCUGGGAGAAGUUGAUGGUGGCGGCGCGCAUGAUUGUGGCGAUCGAGAACCCCUCGGACAUCAUCGUUGCAUCCCAGCGUCCCUAUGGAUCCCGGGCCGUGCUGAAGUUCUCGCAGUACACCGGGGCCAACCCCUUGGCUGGGCGAUGGACUCCGGGCACCCUCACCAACCAGAUCACGCAGAAGUACCUGGAGCCUCGCUUGCUGAUUGUCACGGACCCCCGAACAGAUUCCCAGGCCAUCAAAGAGGCCUCCUACGCGAGCAUCCCAGUCAUCGCGCUCUGCGACACCGACUCUCCGCUGGAGAAUGUGGAUGUCACCUACUUAGAGCCCUCGGUGCUUGAGGAGCCGGUGACGGUGCUCAGCAUCAAGCGCCGCCUCGCGAAGCAGCUGGGCUGCUCCAUCUUCGGCCUGCGCCUGCUGCACGAGGACAAGGUGUUGUCUGCCUACACCACCUGGGAGUCUUUAGGCUUCCCUACCCAACUCUCUGCGGUGCAGUGCCCCUAUGCCGGCGCCGACUCCUUGGACCAGCAGUUGAUCUCCGCAGUCACCAAGGAGAACGCCGGUGAGGUUGAGAGGAUCCUAUCACAAGGGCAGCGCCCGAACUGCGCGCUGCGGGGCACGCCGCUGCUGUGCAUCGCAGCGCGGCAGGGGCAGAUGGAGGUGGCCCGGUUCUUGGUGGAGGCCGCAGCAGACGUGAACCUCGGGGAUUGCAUGGACGAGACGCCCUUGAUGCGGGCAGCUCGUGCCGGGCAUUUGGACAUGGUGAAUUUCUUGCUCGAUGAGAAGGCGGAGAUCAAUCAAUGCGACUGCCAGGACGCCAACGCGUUGAUUUGGGCGGCCCGCGAAGGCCGGGAGCACGUGACCAAGCGCCUGAUCCUGGUGAAGGCUGACAUCCGGAAGGAGACCAAGCAGAAGGCCACGGCGCUGGUGUCUGCCGCUGGGGCUGGGCAUUGCGCGGUGCUGCGAUGCUUGCUGGACGCCAAGGCGGAGGCGAAUCAGAGGUGCUACCACGGAGCUUCUGCCUUGAUGUGGACGGCCGAAGAGGGCCAACUGGAGGCAGCGCAGUUCCUGCUGCAGGCAAGGGCCGAUGUGGACCAGGAGGACGAGCAGAGCUCCAGCGCGCUGCACUGGGCAGCGGAGGCGGGCCACGAGGCGGUGGUCGAGCUGCUGCUGGCCGCACGCGCGUCCAUGGAGAAGCGGAACAAGUUCGGGGCCACCGCCCUGAAGCUGGCGCGGGACAGCGGGCAGCUUGUCAUGCAACCGAACCGUCCCUGGGGCAAACGCCCUGAACCAUUUGGACUCUGA